AUGGCUUCAAACGUUGAAAAGGAACCUGGUCCCCAGGAGCCCACAGCGACUUCGGCUCCCAGCACUCCCGAAGAGCCUGAAAAAAAGAAGAGAGAGUAUAAGGAUUUCGGUCACGAAGAGGAGGGUCCUACUCAUGCCAAUGUUGACAUGUCCACUAUCCAACUUCGGGCUGAGGAUCUGUAUGAUAGAGAAAAGGUCGAUUUAGAGACCAUCGUCAUGGACGAUGCCUUCAAGCUGCUUCAGUGUGAUGAGAACGGUCUUACAAAGGAGGAGGCGACUAGGCGUCUGGAAAUUUUCGGUCCCAACAAACUUGAAAGUGAAGAACAGAACGCGUUCCUUCAGUUUUUGAGUUUUAUGUGGAAUCCUCUUUCAUGGGUCAUGGAGGGCGCCGCACUUGUUGCUAUCGCUUUGUCUAACGGUGAAGGUCAGCCACCUGACUGGCAGGAUUUCGUCGGUAUCGUCCUUCUGCUGUUCAUCAACUCUGCCAUCGGUUUCUACGAGGAAAGGAAUGCUGGUAAUGCUGUGAAAGCUCUUAUGGACUCUCUUGCGCCGAAGGCCAAGGUCAAACGGAACGGUAGCUGGUCAGAAAUUGAUUCUGCCGAGCUCGUCCCCGGUGAUAUGGUCUCCUUCAAGAUUGGUGACAUCGUCCCAGCAGACUGUCGUCUUACUGAAUCAAUCAACGUAUCCAUUGACCAGGCUGCUCUCACCGGAGAGUCUCUCCCCCAGUCUAAGAAGGUCGGUGACCAGUGUUUCUCUGGCUCCACGUGUAAGCAAGGUGAAGCAGAGGGUGUUGUUAUCUCUACUGGUGCCAACACUUUCUUCGGUCGUGCUGCAUCGCUCGUUGGGCAAGAUGAUGAUACCACCGGUCAUUUGCAAAAGAUCCUUGCUCAAAUUGGGUCAUUCUGUCUUGUGUCGAUCGGUAUCUUCGUCAUCCUCGAAAUUGUCGUCCUAUACCCUCGCUUCCACUACACCUACCGUCGUGGAUUGAACGACAUCCUGGUGCUGUUAAUUGGUGGUAUUCCCAUUGCCAUGCCCACUGUUUUGUCUGUCACUCUCGCCGUCGGUGCUCAGCAGCUUGCUAAACACAAGGCAAUUGUUACUCGUAUCACCGCAAUCGAAGAAUUGGCUGGUGUCACCAUCCUCUGUUCCGACAAAACCGGUACUCUCACCACCAAUAAACUUACCAUCGACCGAAACACCAUCAAAACCUACGGUCCCUUCUCCGCAGACGAGGUCAUUCUCUUCGCUGCCUACGCUUCGCGUACAGAGAAUCAGGAUGCUAUCGAUGCCUCUGUCGUGGCUGCUCUAGGUGACGUUUCAAAGGCUCGUGCUGGAAUCAAACUCCUCGAUUUCAAACCCUUCAACCCGGUCGACAAGCGUACCGAAAUUACGUAUCGAGAAGAAUCCUCUGGCAAACUGAAGCGUGUUACGAAGGGUAUGACUGGUAUCAUCAUCGAACUCUGCUCUCGUAACAAAACUGAGGAGCUGGAGAAUAAACUUGAGGCCGACGUAGAAGAAUACGCCACCCGUGGUCUUCGUGCCCUUGCAGUCGCUUAUGAGGAGCUUGACGGCGACGAUCAUGAGGCAGAAGGUAACGGUUUCGAACUCAUUGGUCUCCUCGCCAUCUUCGAUCCUCCUCGUGAGGACACCAAGCAGACAAUCGAUGAUGCUCUUGCUCUCGGUGUUAAAGUCAAGAUGGUUACUGGUGAUCAGCUCGCUAUCGCCAAAGAAACCGGUCGUCGUCUUGGACUUGGUGAUCACAUGUACCCUGCCAAAGUGCUCAAGGAUGGACCUGCUCCCGGUGGCAAGCAUGCUACUCUCGAUGAAAUGAUCAUGGAUGCUGAUGGUUUCGCCGGUGUCUUCCCGGAGCACAAGUACGAGAUUGUCAAACGUCUCCAGGGUCUUGGCCACCUUUGCGCUAUGACUGGUGAUGGUGCCAAUGAUGCUCCAGCUCUUUCCCGUGCGAAUGUUGGUAUUGCCGUCGAGGGUGCUACCGACGCUGCUCGUGGUGCUGCUGAUAUCGUCCUUACUGAGCCUGGUCUUUCCACCAUCGUGCACGCUAUUCGUGGGUCCCGUAUCAUCUUCCAGCGUAUGAGGAACUACUCCAUUUAUGCUUGUGCUGUUACCAUCCGUAUCGUCGUCUGCUUUGCCAUCCUCGCUUGGGUCUACCAAUUCGAUUUCCCUCCGUUCAUGGUCCUUAUCAUCGCUCUUCUCAACGACGGUACUAUCAUGACCUUGUCCGUCGACCGUGUCUUGCCUUCGAACACUCCGGACAGUUGGGAUUUGGCUGAGAUUUUCGCCUACGCCGUCGCUUACGGACUGUACCUCACACUCUCGACUGUUAUCCUUGUCGUUAUCAUCCUGGAGUCCAACUUCUUCCAGAACAAGUUUGGGGUCACUUUGCUCACUUCUCCCGUCGAUCCUAACGAUGAACAACUCCACGCCAUCGUUUACCUGCAAGUUGCCAUUAUCUCGCAGGCUUUGAUUUUCGUGACUCGUUCGCAUGGAUUCUUCUUUAUGGAACGUCCUUCUUUCGCUCUCAUGGGUGCGUUCUGUGUAGCCCAGCUCAUUUCCUCGAUCAUUGCUGCUUAUGGCAACUGGGGCUUCACUGAUAUGCAUGGUAUUUCUGGAGGAUGGAUCGGUAUUGUCUGGGUUUGGAACAUCGUUUGGUUCAUUCCUCUCGACUGGAUCAAGUUCGCGAUGAAAUACACUAUCAUCAAGUCGCUCCGUCAACGUCAUGAAGCCGCUGCUGCUGCCGCUACCCGUGCCACUUCCCAGUCUGAAGGUGUUCCCAUGACCCGUACCACUUCUCGUGCCGCAUCUAUCCACGAAUCGCUUUACUCUAACCGUGUGUCGUUCAUCAGACGUGCGGCGCGUAAAGUCGGAUUCGGUGGACGAGUCUCAAUCAAGCCCGAUGAAUUGACACGUUUCAGCAGUCACCAAAUGCAAGCCUCUGGUCAAACUCUGGCUAGGCACCCUAGUAGAACUGCUGCAUAG